AUGUACAACGUUCCUGAUAAUGUCAAAGGUGCAGUCGAAUUCGAUCCGUGGUUGAAACCCUUUGCGGAUGUGCUAUCCGAGAGAAGAUACCUGGCCGACAAGUGGUCUUACGAUAUCACUCAUGCCACGCCCGAUGGUUCGUACCAGUCGCUGAGUAAAUUUUCUAGAGAUUCAUAUAAGUCGUAUGGGUUGCAUGCCAACCCAGAUACCAAGGAGAUUACUUACAAAGAAUGGGCACCCAAUGCUCAACGUGCAUAUUUAGUGGGGGAGUUUAACAACUGGAAUACUACAUCUCAUGAGCUCAAGGACAAGGACGAGUUCGGAAAUUUCACCAUCACUAUCCCUCCCCUAUCGAAUGGUGACUUUGCCAUUCCUCAUGACUCUAAGAUUAAAGUGAUGUUUGUUUUGCCGGAUGGUUCUGAGAUCUUCCGUUUACCUGCAUGGAUUACAAGAGCCACUCAACCUUCUAAGGAAACUUCCAAACAAUUCGGACCUGUUUAUGAAGGAAGAUUUUGGAACCCACAAACCUCUUACAAUUUUGUUAAUCCAAGGCCAAAGUUUAACGGAUCUGUAGACUCUUUAAGAAUCUACGAAGCGCAUGUAGGUAUUUCAAGUCCUGAGCCAAAGGUCACUACAUAUAAGGAAUUUACUGAAAAGGUUUUGCCCAGGAUUAAAUACCUCGGUUAUGAUGCCAUUCAAUUGAUGGCUAUUAUGGAACAUGCCUACUAUGCAUCAUUUGGUUACCAAGUGACUAAUUUCUUUGCGGCAAGCUCUCGUUUUGGUACCCCUGAAGAGUUGAAAGAGCUGGUCGAUACCGCACAUGGAAUGGGUAUCAUAGUCUUAUUGGACGUUGUUCAUAGUCACGCUUCUAAAAAUGUAGAAGAUGGGCUGAAUAUGUUCGAUGGCUCCGAUCAUCAAUAUUUCCAUUCUGUAAGUUCCGGUAGAGGUGAACAUCCAUUAUGGGAUUCUCGUCUUUUUAACUACGGUAAAUUUGAAGUACAACGAUUUCUAUUGGCAAAUCUGGCUUUUUAUGUCGACGUUUAUCAGUUUGAUGGUUUUAGAUUCGACGGUGUCACUUCCAUGCUAUAUGUUCAUCAUGGUGUUGGUGAAGGCGGUUCCUUUAGUGGUGACUACAACGAAUACCUUUCUCGUGAUAGAUCUUCUGUCGACCAUGAAGCUUUAGCUUAUUUGAUGUUAGCCAACGAUUUAGUUCACGAAUUACUGCCUCAGUCAGCUGUUACUAUUGCGGAAGAUGUGUCUGGUUACCCAACUCUCUGUCUACCCCGUUCCAUUGGUGGUAGUGGUUUCGACUACAGAUUGGCCAUGGCUUUACCCGAUAUGUGGAUUAAAUUAAUCAAGGAGAAAGCAGACGAUGAAUGGGAAAUGGGCGGUAUCGUUUACACUUUGACUAAUAGACGUCAUGGUGAAAAAGUCGUUGCCUAUUGUGAAUCUCACGAUCAAGCUUUGGUUGGUGACAAGACCUUAGCAUUUUGGUUGAUGGAUGCCUCAAUGUAUACCGAUAUGACUGUAUUGAAGGAACCUACCAUUAUCAUUGAUCGUGGUAUUGCCCUACACAAGAUGAUUAGGUUAAUUACUCAUUCAUUGGGUGGUGAAGCUUAUUUGAACUUCGAAGGUAACGAGUUUGGCCACCCAGAAUGGUUGGAUUUCCCCAAUGCUAACAAUGGCGACAGUUAUAAGUACGCUCGGAGACAAUUUAAUUUGGCAGAUGAUCCUUUGUUACGCUACCAGAAUUUGAAUGAAUUUGAUAGAUCAAUGCAGUUAUGUGAGAAAAAACAUAAGUGGUUGAACACAGAACAAGCAUAUGUCUCAUUAAAGAAUGAAAAAGACAAAAUGAUUGUGUUUGAAAGAAAUAAUUUACUAUUUAUUUUCAACUUUCAUCCCACAGACAGCUACAGUGAUUAUAGAGUUGGUGUUGAAAAAGCUGGUACUUAUCACAUCGUAUUAAACUCGGAUCGUGCUGAAUUUGGCGGACAUAACAGAAUCAACGAAACUUCCGAAUUCUUUACCACUGACUUGGAAUGGAAUAACAGGAGAAAUUUUAUUCAGGUAUACAUUCCUAGCAGAGUUUGUUUGGUUCUUGCUUUGAAAGAAUGA